AGAAUUUCUUUUUGUUCAUAUGUCCUUUUUCUUUCCUUUUGGCUGUUCCCUGCUCUCGUUACCCAAGGAGCUGGUCUCCAAGUCCGCAAUCCUCUACCGUCAUCAUCACAUAGUGUGUUUUUCUUUGCUUUUUCGAUCAUCAACAUGGUUGCUUCGUUGCGAACUUUUCUUUUUCUUUUCUCCAUUCCAGGUGUCCUGGCAGGUCCAGUUCGUCGGUCCGCACACUGGAAAUACGCCUCUCCGACCACCACUGCUCUGACUAUUCCCUACACAAUUAGCAGCGAUCACAGCUUUCUUGCAGCUGCAGCAGAAGCUACAACAGCUUUCGAGUUACCACCGCAGACUGACGAACCUCCCGCUCCUCAAGUGACUGUUGUACUCACGCACUACACAACAGUGGGAGAACCUACGUCAACCUGCACCGAGGAGGCAGCCACAACCGCAGAAACUCAAGCCAACGCAGAGCAGGUAGCUACAGAGGUCGUGACCGAUUACACCACGACCACGCUUCACACGGGAACCGAAUCAAAAGCAAAACCGACCACCACCUCUGCCGACCUUCCCAUCACGACUCUUGACCCGCAAACCACCUCCCCUAAAAUCACUCUUGCUCCCACAACCCGAAUCAACACAUCUCCCCCUGCAGCCGCUUCUCCACCGACCACCACCGCAGCCGCCGCAGAGCCAACCACCGCGUUCCAAAUCUAUGAUCCAAACAAUCCCAUAACCCAAAAGGCUUCGCCGACCGCCAAGGUUACCACCAUAUCCCAAGAAGCAGUCACUUCGCCCGCCGACGACGACAAUGUUCCCGUCAAGACCGUCACAGUCUAUGCAGAUCCUACCACGCAGCCCACCAAGGUAGCCACGACAGCUUCCCCCACGAUCACAACGUUGGCGACUACGACCUAUCCCAUUUUCAAAGUCAUUCCGAUCACAUUGACGACGGUGGGUGGUGGGCAUGUUUGAGAACUUAUGACGAUCUGAAUGUCUGUGGUGGAUCCUCACGGAUGCUGUCGUGUUCCAUUCUUGUUCUGCAUGGGUUUUAUCUGUAUGCUUGUUCUCAAUCGCCCUUUCUCUUCCAUUCUACAUUUCCUUCAUCGAAAAUGAUAUCUGUGUCCCUCCCUGUCAUCACUGAGUUCAGGCUCGAAAAGUAAAAUGUCUCCCAGGGCGAGAUAGUUGCCCGCCUUGUCCUGU